CCUGAAUGUCUUGAAGGCCAGACGACAGACUACCACAACCACAACCCCCAUCUACCAUGUCGUCGACACCAUCCUCGCGCCGUCGAGGCCAUUCUUCGCGCAAAUCUCAAUCUUCAACUCCGGCACAACAGUCUCAAGCGACCCCCAGAAAUUCCAAGCAGGCCAACGGAGGCCCUGCAGUGGCAUCUUCCUCACCUUUGUUCUUUCAAUCGUCGCCAGUGCGGUCAACACCCGCACCUCCCUCGCAGUUGGCAAGCGAUGGCAUGAUUAUCAGCUCGCCUCCGCGACAGUCAUCCAAUGUGGGUGACCGCGAAACGACACCUCGACCAUCCACCAGGCCAGCUGCAGAGUCUUCCCCAGUUCGAUAUGACCCCAGCUCAAGCCCUGUGCGGAGUUCAAAUCGCAUGCAGUCCGAUGUGCCAACAAGCAGCAGCGGCUUGUUCGUGCGUCAAGAUCGUCCACCACGAAUUUCCUCGCGACGAGGAGAUAUCCACUCAGACACAUUUGCCUCCUCUCCUGCCAAUCGACGUCGCAUAUAUGUCGGCGAAGAUGGCAUGCCAGUGCGAGAUGGUCAAGAGCCAGCCUCAGAAGCCACCUUCUCAAACUUGAACCCGGAUACCUCAGAGGCAGAUGCAAUGGGAGGCGACUCCACAAGAGUUAUCUGGGGCACAAACAUUUCCAUUGUGGACUCUAUGUCAUCGUUCAAGAACUUUCUCUACAACUUUGCAAAGAAAUAUCGAAUGUGGGCUGAUGGUGCUUCCGAGGAAGAAACAGCAGCCCUAGGAGCUGGUGCGGACCAGAAAGAGUACCUUGAAAUGCUACAAGACAUGCGAAAACUAGGUGUUCAUGGUCUGAAUCUGGAUGCCCGCAAUCUCAAAGCAUAUCCUGCGACCUUGAAAUUAUGGCACCAACUGCAAGCAUACCCACAAGAAAUUAUCCCUUUAAUGGAUCAGUGCGUCAAAGAUGUCAUGGUAGAGCUUGCGCAAAUGGAGAUGCAAGAGUUGCAAAGAGCACGCAAUGAUACAACUGCUUCUAGGGCACGUAAUGGAAGCUCAAUGCCUCCACUACCACCAUCAGAUCUUGGUAGUGCCGCUACACCGGUCGCUACUCCUGGUGCAGACGCAAUCCCUGAUUUGGUGGAAGAAGCAGAAAUUCGACCUUGGAAAGUCUUGCCAUUCGGAUUGGACAAAACCGUCAACAUGCGUGACCUUGAUCCAGCAGACAUCGACAAACUGAUUUCUAUCAAGGGCCUUGUCAUUCGAGCCACUCCGGUCAUUCCAGACAUGAAAGAAGCAUUCUUCAAGUGCGCUGUCUGCAAGCAUACCACCUACGUCUCCAUUGAUAGAGGCAAGAUCGCAGAACCAACCGAAUGCCCUCGAACUGCUUGUAAAUCGAGGGACAGCAUGGAGAUUGUCCACAACCGAUGUGUCUUUGCAGACAAGCAGGUCAUCAAGCUACAAGAAACACCAGACUCGGUCCCAGAUGGACAGACGCCACACAGCGUAUCUCUUUGCGUGUAUGACGAAUUGGUGGAUGUCUGCAAAGCCGGUGACCGCAUUGAGGUGACUGGAAUUUUCAGAAGCAACCCCGUCCGGGUCAAUCCCCGUCAAAGAACAGUCAAAUCUCUAUUCAAGACAUAUGUCGAUGUCCUGCAUGUUCAAAAAGUGGACAAGCGCAAGUUGGGCAUCGAUGCAUCCACCAUCGAGCAAGAACUCUCCGAACAAGUCGCAGGCGACGCAGAACAAACCCGCAAAAUCACAGCCGAAGAAGAAGCCAAGAUCCAGGAGAUCGCAGGCCGAGACGACAUCUACGAGAUCCUCUCCAGGAGUCUGGGCCCCAGCAUCUACGAGCUCGACGACGUGAAAAAGGGCAUUCUCCUGCAACUCUUCGGCGGAACCAACAAGUCGUUCGAAAAAGGCGGAAGCCCCAAAUACAGAGGCGACAUCAACGUCCUGCUGUGUGGUGACCCAUCCACGGCCAAGUCCCAAUUGCUUCAGUACGUCCACAAAAUUGCACCUCGAGGCGUCUACACUUCCGGCAAGGGUUCGUCUGCAGUCGGUCUGACAGCAUAUGUGACGCGCGAUCCGGAAUCGAGACAACUCGUCCUCGAAUCUGGUGCCCUCGUCCUCUCAGAUGGCGGCGUCUGCUGCAUCGACGAGUUCGACAAGAUGAAUGAAUCCACCCGCUCGGUUCUGCACGAAGUCAUGGAACAACAGACAGUGUCCAUCGCCAAAGCGGGUAUCAUUACCACCCUCAACGCCAGGACAAGUAUCCUCGCCUCGGCCAAUCCCAUUGGGAGUAAAUAUAACCCAAACCUGCCCGUCCCGCAAAACAUCGAUCUCCCGCCGACACUGCUGUCGCGUUUCGACCUCGUCUAUCUCGUGCUGGAUCGCGUCGAUGAAGUCAACGACCGUCGACUUGCCAAGCACUUGGUCGGAAUGUACCUUGAAGAUGCGCCGGAAAAUGCGUCCAGGGAAGAAAUUCUUCAGAUUGAGUUCUUAACAGCGUACAUAUCGUACGCGCGCCAAAACAUCCAUCCCGCUCUCACGCCGGCCGCCUCACAAGCGCUCGUCGACGCGUACAUUCAAAUGCGCAGCCUGGGCUCAUCGAUCCAAGCUUCCGACCGCCGGAUCACCGCGACAACGCGUCAACUCGAAAGCAUGAUCCGGCUCAGCGAGGCGCACGCGAAGAUGCGCCUGUCCCAGACCGUCACCGAGUCCGAUGUGGCGGAGGCGGUGCGCCUGAUCAGAUCCGCAAUCAAGGCCAGCGCGACAGACGCCCGCACGGGAUUGAUCGACAUGGGUCUGCUCUCGGAGGGCGGCAGUGCGAGUGAUCGGCGCCGGAAAGAGGACCUCAAGCGUGCGGUGCUCAGCGCCGUCGAUGACGACGCAGGUGUGAGAAGUGGUGGCGCCGCAAGGUAUGCCGACUUGUACAGGAAAGUCAGCGAGGGGAGCACAGUCGAGAUCGAAGGCGCCGAGUUCCAGGAGGUGCUCAGAGCCCUGGAACAGGAGGGCAAAGUCCAGGUUACCGGCGAAGGUGGCCGGAGGAGUGUCAGGAGGAUCACCGGCAUUUAAGUUGGUCUCGUCCCAACCCUUGGUUUCUUUGCAUCCGGUCUGCUCUGUCUUCAUCAUUGAGCUCAAAUGGAAGGCUCUUGGUUGGCUCGCUGAAUGAGUAAGCUGAACAUGGAUAUGAACAUUGACGAGGACACGGAUCGUCUAAUGAGGGGUUUAUGGGCGUAUGAGUGAUGUGGUAUCGUGUCAUGAACGAGGCUGGUAUGCUAUGACAUUGGGCGAUGAUGGGCGUUAGGAUUGGGAUUACAUAUAGUAUGUGCACAUGCACGGAGUCCGGUUAAUUCUAGUUCUGGUUUAUCUGAUGUGCGUAUGUAGACUAGAGUGUGGCUUGACAUACUCGGUUUUCUAUUACCAUGUGCGUCGACCAGAGCUCUCUCACUUGAACAUUGCAAGAAUCACCACAUCAUGUUCGAGUAUAGAGUAUCUUCGUUGCAUUUGGUCUACCUUUCCGACCACAACAUAGCUAGAUGGAUAGAUGAUACCAAUCCACAAGACGGG